AUGGUUAAUUUUCUUUCUAAAAGUCUUUUUUGUUUAUCUCCAGCUACCACCAAUAAAGGAGGAAAGAUGAAUGAGGUCGAUUCAUAUGUUGGUUCACCUGCUACAAACAAAAAUUUUCGUAGCACUAGUUUAAAAAGAAUAUUUUUUCCAACAAGUGAUAAUAAUAUUAUGGAACCAGCUUCUUACUCUGGUCCUAAUGAUCGAGUUGAGAUAACAGAAAUAACAAAAAGAAUAUUUGCUUGGACAUUCCCUAAACAUGGUUCUGAUUCAUCUUAUAGACAAUCAAUAAAAGAAGUUUCAGAGUCAUUUAAAAAAAAAUAUCGUGAAAAAUAUAAAGUUAUUAAUGUAUCACAAAAACGUUCUGAUCUUGGAAGAUCAAAUCCAAAUGUAUUAGAAUUUGGAUGGCCUGAUAAAUUGGCACCACCACUUGAUCGUUUAUGUUCUAUUUGUAAACAAAUUGAGAAUCAUCUUAAAGGAUCAGAUGAUAAUAUUAUUGUUAUUCAUUGUAAAGGAUGGCGUUCCCGGGCUUCAAUUGUCAUUGCUGCUUACAUGCAUUAUAAUUCAAUAUGUUCUAGUAAUGAUGAUGUUGGAGAUCGUUUCUCAAUGCAAUUAUACUCAGAAAAGUAUAUUGGUGGUGAUGGUCAACCAUCACAUAAAAGAUAUAUAAAAUAUUUUGCUAAUUUAUUAUCAGGUCAUACAAAAGUUAAUCAACAACCAAUUAUGUUAAAUCAAAUUAUAUUAAAAAAAUUACCAAAAAAUAAUAUUUUAAUAAAAAUUUAUGAAAGAAUGAAACCUGUGUAUAAUUCUUAUCAAACUAUUUCAAAAGAAGAAAUAUGUAUAAAUAUUGAUGGUGGUUUAUCAUUAAGGGGAGAUAUUUUGUUAAAAUGUUUUGAAAUUAAUGAAAAUGGUGAUGAAAAAAAAGAAAGAAAUCUUUUACUUCAAUGUCAAUUUAAUACUUGUGCUAUUGAUUUUAAAGAAAUAAAUAAUAAACUUCGAUUUUACAAGGAAGAAUUAGAUUUUGCAUUUAUGGAUUCAUCUGUUAAUAAUCAAUCAUAUUUAGAAUUUUGUUUUACAGAAAAAAAUAAUAAAGAAAAUAGUAAUAACAGUUUAAAUAGAAGAAAACAAAGUUUUAGUGAAUUUUCUAGGGCUGAUUCAUAUGAAAAUUUCGACAGACCUGAAGACGAUCGAAGUCAAUCAAUUGACCCAUUAUAUUCUGAGAUUAAUAAAUCUUCUAUUACUCAAAAUAAUAUUACAAUUACAAAUAACAAUAGUAACAAUUUAUUACCUAGUCCUAUUGAUGGAACUGAUUCCGGUAUUGGAAGUGAUAGUCCUAAAAAUAUGGCAAAAGUACCACCUCAUGUUCCACCAAAACCUAAUAAAUCUUCUAUAAAUCAAGAUGAUGCUGGUAGAAAGUCAACUAUUCCAGAAGAAAAUCAUAUAACAAGAGAACAUUCCGCAUUACCAGCAUCUGUUAGAAAAUCUGUAUCAAGACCAUCCUCACCAUAUAAUGGAAAUGGUGAUAUAAAUCAAUGUAAUGGUGGUUCUAUAACAGGUGGUAGGCAAACACCAUCAUUUGAACCUGAUCUUGUUGGUAAAGAUCGUUAUGAUAAAAAUUCUAAAUGUUUUAGUUAUGUACCAGCUAAAGCAUUAAAUGAACAUUUUACAAUGCCAAAAAAAGCACCAUCACAAAGAAGAUUAUCAAUGGAAAAAAUUGAUUUAGAAGUUCCAGAAACACCAGAAUUACAGGAAAAAUUAAAACAUAUCAGAUUAAAAAGUACAGAUGUUGAAAGAGUUCCUGAACCACCAAAAUGGGAAGAAGAAAUUGAUGCACUAGCUAAUAUUAAUGGUGGAUUUAAUUUUGAGAAACGUUCACAAUCAACAGUUCCAAGAAGUUAUACACCACAUGAUUUUAGAGAUUUAAUUGAUAUUGCUACACCUAUAAAUAAUGAUUUAUCAAGAAAUUAUAAUAAUACUUAUCGAUCAAUUGAUAUACCAUAUGAAGAUUCAUCAUCAAUGAAUUCUUCAACACUACAAUAUAAUAGUGGAAAUUAUCCUUAUUCAAAAAAUAAUAUUCCUGAACAACCAAUUGUACAUGAUCAAGCAAUGAAAAUAAUUUCAACAACAAAUCCAAAACGAUAUAAUAGUUAUAAAACAUUAAAUGAUGAUACAUGUAAUAGUGAAAUGGAAGAAUUAUGUGAUCCUGAUUAUUAUUUAUCUGGUACUGGAGUAAAUAAAUCUAUUUUAAAAAAUAAAAAAAAUAAUCAUACAGAGUCAAAUAAUAAAUAUUUAAAUCAAAAUUUAAAUAAAAAAGAAUUAGAUGAGAUGGAUUAUUUAGUUGAGUCAACAAUAACACCACCAAAUAGAACUUGUUAUACACCUAAACCUAUACCAUCAUGGAAGAUGUCCACAACAGAUAAUCAUAUAGAUAAUUUUGGUUCACCAAAAAUGAAACAUGAUGAUUUUAGAUAUAGAAAUUGUAAAAGUGUUGCUGCCUCACCAAUAAUAUCAAAUCAUAAUAAUAGAAAACUUUUUUCAAAUCAUCGUUAUGAUCCAACAGAUGAUGCUGAAAGUCCUGAUAAAUGGUUAGAAAAUAAAUUAAAACAACUUAAAUUUAAAAGACAAUCACAGCCUGAUUUAACAUUUAGAAAAAAGACAGAAAAAAUUUUAUUAGAUGAAUUAAAAAAUACAAAUAAUAUUACUGGUAGAGGUAAAAAUGAAGAAUCAUAUACAUAUGAAGGACAGGGACAUAAUGAUUUAUUAGAAGAUUAUAAAUAUGAGGAAGAAAGACUUAAAAAUACAAAAUCACCAUAUUUUGAUGAUUUUUCAUCAAUAAAAUCAACUUACAAUAAUAAUACACCAUCAAGAUAUACAUCAUAUGGUGAAUCAAAUUAUGGAAGUAGACCACAAAGUAGAAAUUCACGACCAUCUUCAACAUUAAAUCAUAUUAAUACUCCAAAAGGUAAACCUCCAACACCACCUCCAAUUAGAGAUAGAAGUAGAUCACCGGCAAAAAGUCCUAUUAUUGGAAGAAAUAGACUAACACUGGUAAGAGAUCAACCAUCACCAUAUCAGCUGGAGAGAAAAAAUAUUAAUUCACGUUCUUUAUUACAAACAAAUUCAAAUCAAAAACCAUUUGAUUAUUCAUCUGACGAAAGUGAUAAUAAUAGUAUUGAACAAGGAGAAUUUUCUCAUUUACGAUCUAUAGUUGAAACAAAUAAUUCACGCCCAAAUUCAAGGGCUAGUCAGGUUAAAAAUUAUAAUUCAAGAUCAAAUGUAAAUACUCCAACAUUAGGAAGAGAAGAUUAUAAUAAAAAUCUAUUUGAGAAUCAUACAUCUAACUUGAUAGCAGGUUCAGUAUCAGGACAACGUUCUGAAACUCCAGCAUUUCCCGUGAAUACAAGUCAGACACCGUUACCCUAUCAUCCAUUGCUAUACAACACUAAUGGACAUAAUUUAGGAUUUAAUGAUACAAAUAACAUGACAAGUUUAACUUAUCGUUCACCAUCCCUUAGAUCUCAAGUUUAUUCAAAUGGCUCUACUUAUAAUUAUAAUAGACCAACAUCAAUAAUUGUACAAAAGGAUAACUAUCAAAAUAAAAAACCUACAACUUCUUGUGCUCCUAUAGCUAAGGAAGAAUUUGAAGAUAAUGAUGAUGAGGGUAACUUCAAUGAUAUUGAAUCUUCUCUUAAAUCUUCUACAUCAUUAACAUCAUCCUCCAAUUCAUUAAAUCGUUCCAAUAAUAUUCCAUCCUCCUCUUUAAAUAUAUGUAAAAAUAAUAAUAAAAAAGAUGAAGGUAUUUCGGAGAUUAAUUCUAUUAGUUUCCAUCAUUCACAAGCACAAGAAUAUUAUUCCUACAUGUCAGAGACAAUGUCACCAAAAACAAUAUCAAGAAUAAAACAUUUCAAUGUUAUUAUUGAAAAUGAAAAUAAUGGUGAAGUAAUCAGUCAUCAUCCAAUAUUUGUUAAAGAUACAUCAAAAUAUUGGUAUAAACCAAAAAUUAGUCGAGAGGACGCUAUAAAUAUGCUUAAAAAUAAACCACCUGGAACUUUUGUGAUUCGUGACUCAAAUUCAUUCCCUGGAGCAUUUGGUUUGGCAUUAAAAGUUGCAACACCACCAGCUGGAAUUAAUGUUACUGAUGGUACAGAACUAGUCAGACAUUUCCUUAUUGAACCAUCAUCUAAAGGUGUACGAUUAAAAGGUUGUAUUAAUGAACCAAUUUUUGGAACACUUGCUGCUUUAGUUUAUCAACAUAGUAUAACAGCAUUAGCCUUACCAACAAAAUUACUACUACCAGAAUAUGAUCCUUCAUCAAAUUGUGAACAGGUAUCAGCAACACAAGCAUUACUAGAACAAGGUGCAGCAUGUAAUGUUAAUUAUCUUGGAUCAUUUGAUACAGAAAGUUUAACAGGUCCAGAGGCUUUAAAACGUAGUGUCUCAGAAGCAUUUAAACUUCAUAAAAAUCCAUUAACUAAAACUGUUUCGGUACAUUUUAAAGUAUCUAGUCAAGGAAUAACUUUGACUGAUAAUACACGAACACUAUUCUUCCGAAGGCACCAUCCAGUCAAUACAGUAUCACAUGCAGGAAUUGAUCCAGAAAAUCGUUUAUGGCAUAAUAAAGAAACAAUUCAAUAUCCCACAAAUUUUGUACAAACAGCAAAAAUAUUUGGUUUUGUAGCAAGGAAUCCUAAUUCAUAUGACAAUCAAUGUCAUGUAUUUGCUGAAUUAGAUCCUGAACAACCAGCAAGUGCUGUAGUCAAUUUUAUUACCAAAGUAAUGAUGGCAACUAAUCCAAAAAAAUAUUAA